GCUUGGGAGUCUCCACACAACAGCACAGACACACAGACACACACGCAACAUGGCUAUCGCUCCAAUCACAGGUUUCAUGAAGAGACGGAUCAUCGUCGACAUCUCUAUGGGUUUCGCCAUCGGUGCCGUCAUGGGCGCUUUCUGGUGGAGGCAACACAAGCAGAUGAUUGCCACCAGAGAAAACUACUACGCCACCUUGGCUGAAAAGAAGAAGAUCGAGGACGCCGCAUGAGCAUGCCGCCGGCGGCCGUCCCGUCGUGCGUGCGCCGCCACCCCAGUCUGAUAUCUCAAAACACUUUCUUCAGUUCUUCUUAUUCUUUCACUAGAUG